AUGCCUUCUUUUCUCAAGUUGCGCAAGAUGAGCAGCCGGAGCUCCAAAGCAAGUGGGACAAUUGCCCAAUCGUCGCCUGAGGCUCCGGCAAACGGACAGCAUAACAACGGCGUGUUGGGUCGUAAAUCCUCGUCAACCCUUAAUUCGUCCCGGCAGCUCGACUCGUCGACCCCGUCAACUACCCCAGGAACUUCGACAACCCCAGAAGUCCCAACGCAACCGAACGGCCAAAUGAACGGAACCCCACUGCCUUCCCGCCCCCAACGGCCGAGUGUCGACCCCGUCAAGCGUUACAGUAUGAAUGGCGCAUCAUCGGCGACCCCCAACGGCUCUCACAGCAAUAUGAACAGAUCAUCAUUGCUUGCGCCACGCGUUAUAUCCAUCUCUGAUAAUUCAUGGGUGCAUCAACAAGUACUGCUGAUAUUUGGUCAAAUUGGUGACUCUCCCCACAGGCCGCUGGACGGCUCGGUGACUGUCAACCAUCAUCAAGGCCAGUUCCCGUCCACUGCCUGGCAGGUAAACGAUUCCUACUUCAAAGCCUUGGUGCACCUUGAACCAGGAUGGAAUCGCAUACGUCUUGACUUUACCUCGCCGAAAGUAUCCUCGGGUAACAUUUCCAUGUCAGCGCAUACCUCUUUCAUCAACAUCAACUACCUACCUCUGACGCACUCUCCGCCUCUUCAACUUGCGAUCAUCCUGGGACGCGAUUCUGAAGGCACUUACGAUGCACCGCCUGAGCGUAUGCAGGCCGAAGGCAAUGGAUUGGACCUGGCUAUCAAGAAAUUUCGGAUGGCUGCAUACCUUUGGCAAGCCUUUACAGGCGAGCAAAUGAAACGCUAUGGCUUCGGACGUCGUUGCUUUCGUUUGGAGGACGCUUGGGAACCGGGAACCUUGAGCUUUCAGGACUGGGCAACGAAGCCAUUUCGAACACAAGCCAGGGUUCACAUCAUUCGCUCGAACAAGACUGUCGCAGACAUCAGAGACCUUGAGCGGGCGCAGCAGUAUGGACCAGGAACGAAAAAAGACGAAUUGUUUGGCAUCGCUGCAGAAGCAAUCACGGACUACUUCCAGGCUACACCAGGCCAAAAACUGUAUGUUUCAGCCAUGUUCUUGGACUCACACUGGGACAUCAAAGACAAGACAAUUCGAGGGCAUGCAGCCUUGGGCGGAGGAGUUGGGAACUUGCAAUUGGGUAUAUUUGGAUCGCAGGCACUUCACAGUUACCCAUCGAGCAUCGAAGAAGUUCACCAAGCUUUCCAGGAUUGUCAUCGAACAGAUACUGCAUUUGUAGCAAAUGACUGCAACGAGUCUGGAAGCAACUGGGAAGCUGCAAACAUUGGUAUCGGCGCCCACUUGCACGAGACUGGUCAUCUGUUCGGCUGCCCUCACCAGGAGUCCGGUAUCAUGUUACGCGACUACGUCACGUUUAACCGCACAUUUGUCUGCCGUGAGCCUUACUCGACUCGAACAAAAUCACCUGGUCAGCGCCUGAUUCUACCUGAAGACGAAUGCAGGUGGCACAAACUGGAUGUGCUACGCUUUCGGUUCCACCCGUGCUUCCGGAUACCAAUCGACAACGCGAACGUCAAUGAAGACGGCAGUGUGCAGGUGUGGACCGUUGACAGCACCCAAGGUGGUGUGGUUGCAACCUCAAAGUCCGGCAUUGCUUGGGUCGAACUUUAUGCGGAGGGAGACGAUGUAUGUCGCUCUUGGAAUGAGUGGCCAGAAACAGACAACCAGUACCCGCGGCAGGUUGUACUAGAUGAAGCUAUGCUUCGCAGCUUGUUACCAAAAGAGAAACAGAAGUCUCGGCUCAAGAUCGAGAUUUUCUCAGCAGGUGGAGGAAAGCAUGUCGUCGAGGAUUUCAGCCAGCUCGCGAACCAGAAAAUCGCUCGUGUGAAGAUUCCUGAUGGUCGGUGGGGCUACCGCGGUAGCAAGUUGGGCUACUCACAGAUGGAGGGUUCGCAGCCAUGCGAGAUCGUUCUGCAGAGCGCGCAUAUCUCGACCAAGCUUCUGCUGAGUAUCAAAGUUUGGCAUGGUCUUGCAGUGGACGGAUUGGAGUUCUUCUACGAAGAUGCAACAAGCCAGCUAUUUGGCAAGCGAGGAGGUGGUGGUACGGACUUCCCUCUGGAUACGCGGAAAGGCGAGCUUCUCCUGGGGUUUUCGUUGCGGGCAGGGCUCUGGAUCGACGGCCUUCAGAUAUUGACCAGCUUGGGGAGGAAGAGUCCGUGGUUCGGGAACCCCAACGGUGGUAGCGGGCACACUCUCAUUCCGCCUCGCGGCUACACUAUUGGCGGAAUAUCGGGCUCCUCUGCUGCGUGGCUGGACGGCUUCGCAUUGAUCAUCACACGCUGA